AUGUACAGUCUCAAUGCUGCCGGCUUUACAGUCUGGGUGGCUGUUCACACACCAUUCUUCCUCAGAGCCUCCUUUCUUCGCAUCCUCUCCACCAUCAAUGCACAACUUUGCCAAUCUGCAAUACAACCUUACUUUGUGCUCACAACUCUUUGUCUCCUCAACAUGGGUGUCCAUGGACUGUGGACGUAUCUGAAACCAAGCGCAACGACGGAGUCGCUCGCAGCACUCGCAUUGGACAGACGAUAUACUACUGGGUGCCCGCCCUUCUGUCCCUUUGUUAUCGGGGUAGAUGUCAGUGCCAACAGGUGGCUCAGGGACGGGCCCAUGCCCAGAGUGGUCAAAACCCUCCUCUAUACACACUGGAUGACGAAGCCGACUCAACACAUCCUUGAUGCAUUCAAUAUCCAGUGGUUUAUGGCCAAAGGUGAAGCUGAAGCCGAGCUUGCGGCUAUGAAUGGGACUGGCAUGAUUGAUGCUGUCAUGACGGAUGACAGUGAUGUCUUUGCAUUUGGUGGCCGCCUCAUCCUUCGAAACUCGUCAUUGUCAGAUUCCACUGUCGAUGUGUACAGAGCCAACCUGCCAUGGGAGGACUAUGCUCUUGUCAGCUUGCUGUGUGGCAGUGAUUAUGACCCUUCAUGGCGCGAGGACAUGGCACACCAACUUCACUAUGAUCCAAUGUCUCGUGUUGGCCAUUGCAACCCUGCUCUUGCUGACAAUAUCUCCGACACAGUUCCAGAUAUCAAUACUUGGUCAGCGUACCUUGAUCCUGCUGUCUCUGAGCCUCUGGUACCUGUCUGUCAACCUGGUGUCCCGGAUGUUGGCAAAAUUGCGGCCGCAGUAGUCUCUCUAUUAGGCUGGGAAGAUGCAGAUCAACUACUCAACACCUUCCACAACAAAAUCUGGCCUGGCGUUGUAGUGAGUGAAUUAUUGCAAGACCUGUCUACCUGGCAACCAAACAACCAGGAUGUCGCACUUGCAGCAGCUGCUACACAGUACUUUUUUCUUCAUUUUGCCUGCAAAAAGUGGACCAUUGCUGGACUUCUUGGCUACAAUGUGUGA